CAACCGUAUUUGCCUUCUCCAUUAAGUUUCGGUUUAAUAACCCUGGCAAAACCAUCUAUAUAAACCCACCCCCCUCCUCCUUCCCUCCUCUUCUCUUGUCUCUCUCUCUUCAUUUUCUCGCAUUCAAUAACCUCGCACGCAUACCAUCCCUCCUCGCUCCCUUCAAUUUCUAGGGUUUUGUCUUCUAUUGUCUCUGUUUCUCAAUCCGAAAUACAACCUACAUUUUGCAGAUUCGCUCUUGCAUUUGAUUUCUUCGUACAUGCUUUGAGGGCUUUUCGGCAUUCGAGCUCAAGAAUUAGAAAUCCUUCUGUUGCUUGGUUUCAACACAAUUGGCUAGUUAGAUGAAGAUUUACAAUUUUCAGGAUUCUUCUGCUUGAUGGAUCGCUCUCCAACAGCCAAUGACAAGAAAACUCUGAAGAGGUGGUUUUUUAUUGACAAGAGGGUUGGUUAAAGUUCUUUUUCUCAAGUUGGCUCUGGAAAUCAAUUCCUUUGCCGUUGAUUGAACCAAGUUGAAACCGUUAGAUAGUUUUCAAAUUGAUAUCUUCCUCAACAAGCCGGACUCGAUGGACAUGAAAUCUAAUCACAAUGCUCCUGUUCUCGCUGAUCCUCCACCCAUGACCUUGACCAAGUCAAGACUGGGCAUCCAUUCUAGCCUUUACCCGCCCCCUGGUGUAGUUUUUUCUCACAAUCUUUUCCUAUCAAUCCCAAGGAGGAAACCUCAUAUAGUCGAUGAUGUGCGGUCCAGCUCUUGGCUGGAUGCGAUGAAAUCCUCAUCUCCUACCCACAGGAAGAAAGCUAAAGAAUCUAGCACUGAGCUGGCAUCAACUGAUACUGAUUUUUAUCACAGCUGGAUGCUGAAGUAUCCCUCAGCACUUACAUCUUUUGAGCAAAUUACAAAUUACGGGAAGGGCAAGAGGAUUGCAUUGUUUUUGGACUAUGACGGGACUCUUUCCCCUAUCGUAGACAACCCAGACCAUGCCUUUAUGUCUGAUACUAUGCGUGAUGCUGUGAGGAAUGUUGCAAACUAUUUCCCAACAGCAAUCAUUAGCGGCAGAAGCCGUGACAAGGUGUAUGAUUUUGUUGGACUAACAGAACUCUACUAUGCUGGAAGUCAUGGGAUGGACAUUGUGGGCCCUGUUCGGCCUAUGUCGAAUGACCAUCUAAACUGUAUUAGGUCCACUGACAAGCAGGGUAAAGAAGUUAACCUAUUCCAGCCUGCUAGUAAAUUCUUACCUAUGAUCGAGGAGGUUUUUAGAUCCCUUGUCGAGUCGACUAAGGACAUUAAAGGAGCAAAUGUGGAGAACAACAAGUUUUGUGUCUCUGUGCACUAUCGUAAUGUGGAUGAGAAGUAUUGGACAAUAAUUGCACUAUGUGUCCAGAAAACACUAAAAGACUACCCUCAUCUGCGAUUGACACAUGGGCGGAAGGUUUUAGAGGUUCGGCCUGUGCUCAAUUGGGAUAAGGGUAAAGCCGUCGAGUUCUUACUUGAAUCACUGGGCUUAAGUAACUGUGAUGAUGUGCUCCCAAUUUAUGUUGGAGAUGAUCGGACUGAUGAAGAUGCAUUUAAGGUUCUGAGAGAGGGAAAUCGUGGUUAUGGAAUCUUGGUGUCAUCUUUCCCCAAGGAAAGCAAUGCAUUUUACUCGCUCAGGGACACAUCAGAGGUCCUGGAGUUUCUCAAGUCACUGGUAGGAUGGAAGAAGUUAUAAAUACAAUACAAGGAAGACUAUACUCUGAUUUAGCAAGUAGGACAAUACAUGUUUUGGUCUAUACUAAAUUACAGAGGCUCCAACUGCAGAAGUGCAUCCGAGAGUUUCUUUUCUUUUUUUUCCCCUCUCUGUAAAUCCUGCUGGGAGUUUAUCCUUACACCAUGCCAAAUCAUUCGAAUUCCUUUUUUCUUAACCCUAGUUUUGGUCGCGGUGGUAUGUAAAGAAAUGCACUCAUUCGUUAAUUGAUUAUUUUAAAGCAAAUUUUGCAUAUUA